AUGAACGUGGAGGAGACCCGCACAUCUGGCCGAGGCUCGAAUUCCGCACAGUUGCGGCGCUAUAACGAGCGUAUCGUCCUGCAGAUCCUGCGGCGCGCCGGCGAAGCAUCCAAGGCGGAAUUGGCCCGCGCGGUUCAACUGACCAACGCCGCAAUCGGUGCGAUCAUUCAGGACCUGAUCGAAGAAGAUCUCAUUUUCGAGGCGGGCAAGCGCCACGACGGCAGCAGAGGUCAACCGGCCACGAUACUGAAACUUGCACCAGACGGAGCCUUUUCAUUCGGCGUCCGCCUUGACAGGACGAACCUCGAAACCGUCCUCAUGGACUUCUCGGGCCAUAUUAUCGACCGCCGUAUUCACGACAUGAUUCUGCCUGCACCGGAACAGGCGCUGGAAAUCCUGAAGGAAGACCUGGAAAGUCUGCGCGCAUUGUUGGGCGAAGAACUGCAGGACCGCAUAACGGGUAUCGGUCUGGCUCAACCGUUCAAUCUCGACGCCUGGCUUCACGAACUCGGGUUGCCGGAGGCGGAUUUCAAGAAAUGGAACGACUUUGAUCUUGCCGCCGCUCUGGAAGAGGCGACGGGGUUGCCGGUCUUCGGCGAAAACGACGGGACCGCAGCCGCGGUUGCCGAACUGUUUUACGGACACGGCCGGCAGAACGACGACUUUCUAUAUCUGUUCCUGGGGCCGGCCAUCGGCGGUGGCCUCGUUCUGAAGGGCGAUGUCAUUCGCGGGUUGUCGGGAAACGCGGGCGAUGUUGCAUUCAUGCCGGUGCCGCCGAGCAGUCUUUCGACCGCGCCGAAACCAAAGCAACCCUGGGAUCUGCUGCUGACAAGGGCUUCGCUGGUUUCAUUGGCAAGGCACCUGUCUCCGGAUAAUUUUGCGCAGCUCAGCAGAUCUGACCUGCAGGCAGCGGUGGAAGCGAAUGAUACAAGAUAUCAGGAAUGGCUCGAAGACUGCGCCUCAGCGGUCGGGCUCGCUUUGCGCUCGGCCUAUGCGCUUCUCGACAUUUCGCUCGUGGUUGUGGACGGCGAUCUGAGAGGGUCUUUCCCCGAAGCAUUUCAACAGGCACUUCAAAAAGCCGUGGAACAGGCAGCUCCCGAGAAGCGCAAGUCUCCUGAAAUCGUUUUCGGCAGCUUUGCUCAUGACGCAGGUGCGGUCGGCGCAGCGAGCCUGCCACAGUUUUUCAACUUCUCGCCAAGGGCAACAAUCCUGACGGGCGGGAAGGACAAGGGACCUGCCGGAGCUGGCAGCUCGGAAAACCGAGCCAGCUUUCCGGCAAGGGCAGCACGGUUGGGGUCACAUCUGGCCACACCUGACCGUUCCGAUUGA